GGCAACGUCAGCAACUAUGAAGGCCGGAGGACCGCCGCCGUUGGUGGCAAGCCGCCGCCUCACGCGUCGGGCAGCGGCUGUGGUACAAAACACGUACGCUAGCAAGGUGGCCGCCGCCUUUCACUUUGAAAAGACGCUCAACGACCCGACGGUCACGCACUGGCUGCUCCCGCCCGUGCCCGACGAGACGUUCCGCGCGUGGACGGCGCGGAAUCUCGAGCAGGCGCCGCUGUGUCGCCUGAACGAUGCACUCCUUGUCGUACUGAGCUUCGUCAUGGUCGCGUUCUUCAUGUAUACCAACUGGUCGGGCUACAGCGUCGAAGUCGAGCGCCCCAUCACGAACGCCGGCACCGCGAUUGGUGUCCUCUUUACCAUCGAUUAUGCGCUUCGGUUUUACGCCGCGCCGCUGCGCCGCGAGUACAUGACGAGCUUUUUUGCGAUCGUCGACGUCAUUGGGAUUUGCUCUGCAUGGAUCGAGUUUGGACUCUCGGUGAUGGAAAACAGCAGCGACUCGCAGGAUGUCGUGCUUCAGCUCCGCGCGAGCGACGUUGGCCGUCAGCUCCUCUCGCUCUUACAAGUGAUGAAGUCGAUGCGCAUCUUGCGCGCCUACCGUCUCCUGCGCUUUACGUCGUCCAUUGUUCAGCGCCAGAUCAUGGCGACACUGCUCACUGUUGUGUGCAUGAUCAUUGCACUUGCGGGUGUGCUCCAGAUCCUCGAAGUGUGCCCCGCACCCGGGCUCUGCGAUACGCCCGCGUGCUCGACUGCGUACGAAGACGUUUGCAUUCAAGAAUGCCCCAACACUCAGUGCUGCGACAAGUGCACCGACUAUCGGUUCCUCGACUGGAUUUACUUUGUUGUGGUGUCGAUCAUGACUGUCGGCUACGGUGACAUCUCGCCACAGACGCGCAUGGGUCGGCUGGGUGUCGCGACGCUCAUUCUACUCACGUUUGUACUUGUGCCACUGCAAGUCAAUAAGCUUGUCUCGGUCAUCUCGUCGCACUCGGACUACACGAAAGCGUACAGCAAGACCGAGGACAGUCAUGCAGUCAUCACCGCGUGCGACUUGGAUGCAAGUGCGCUCGCAGCCUUCUUGCGCCAGUUUUUUCAUGCUGACAAUCGGCGCUGGAAUGAACAGAUUGUGAUUUUACACCCGAAAGAACCGAGUGCCGAGAUCACCAAACUCAUCCAUUUGUACGAACCGCGCGUGACGUACAUUGUCGGGUCGGCCAUGCGGGAGACCGAUCUGCGUCGCGCGUCCGUGCAUCGAAGUGCCAUGUGCUAUGUCUUGACGUGCAUGAACAACCAGUUUGAAAAAACAGACCAAAUGAACUCGAUCUUGACCAAUGCGUUUCGGAGCUACAACCCGCGCGUACCGAUUUUUACCCAAGUGAUUUUGUCGCGCAACAUCUCGCACUGCCAUAUCUCGGGGGCCAACAGCGUCAUUUGUGUCGAGAAGCUCAAGAUGACGCUGCUGGCCAAGAGCUGCGACAUCAAGGGUCUCUCGACGCUCAUCUCCAACCUCCUGGAUACGAUUGCGAUUCCCAACAAGAAACCCGACCGGUCGUGGGUCUCGGCGUACCUCAACGGCUGCGCCAACAAAUUCUUCAGCGUCGACAUUCCACGCACGUACUCGGGCUUGACGUUUAGCGAGCUCGUUCUCUUCCUCUACAACAACUUGCAGAUCAUCCCGAUCGCGCUCAUUGCGGACGCCGGCGUGCGCAUGAUCCCCAUGGACUUUAAACUGGGCACGACCGCCGACCCCAACACGUGCUGCACUUUGUAUGUGAUUGCCGCGUCGCUCGAAGCCCUCGACGGCAUUGGUCGCUACCAGCACGAAGAGAUCCGCGUCUUUCGCCAAACGCUUCGAAAGAUGGAGCGCGAUCGGCAGUUGCGCGCCGAGAAGAAGCUGCUCGAGAGUGGGGGGGUCCCCCCCACGCUGACCCCUGACGUGAUUGCAACAGCGUCCUUGUCGCGCCGCCAGACGCGCAAAGUAUCGACGCUUCUCAUGCCAUCAAACUCGUCGGGCGCGAGCCGGUUUGCACCCGGUGGGCAGCGUUCGUCGUUCUAUGACUCGGCCGCGUACGAAGAUUUCGUCACACGGUCGCUUCCAAAUGCGUUUGAGGAGCACAUUGUGCUCAUUGGCGUGCCGUCGGCGCUCCACGACCUCUUGAUUCCGCUGCACCACACGCUCGCCCAGUCCCGGCUCGUGGUCAUUUUGGCGCCAAAACCACCCACAAAGGAGCAAUACCACCAAAGUAUUCAGAAACACCGGUUCCAGAACGUCUACUACUGCCAAGGAUCGCCGCUGCAUUCCAAGGACCUGGUCCGCGCCGGCGUCCCGUCGGCCGCCUCGGUGCUUGUUCUCUCGUCGGCCGCCGGCACAAAGUCGUUUUUCGACGAAAACAUGGUCGACGCCGACGCGAUCACGUGCGUGCGCUUCAUCCUCGAGGGCAGCUACCUCAUUGGGAAGCGGCCGCCCAACUUGAUUGUGGAGCUCGUCAAGCACACGAACGUCAAGUUCCUGAGCUCGAUCGUCAAGUCCCAGAACGUGCGCACGCGCCGCAUCUCGCAUUUGGUCGGUGGCGGCUCGACACGCCUCGAUAAGCUCAUGCUACCAAAUGACGACGCGUCCGAGAACGACGAGAACGACUUGGUCGACCUCGUACAUUUGUGUCAGCCAGCGUACGCGUCGGGUCGGGUGUACGUCAGCGGCCUCAUCGAGAGCUUGAUGAGCGAGUGUUAUCAGAAACCACACCUCUCCACCGUCCUCGACGCCCUCCUCCACGGCAGCGACUACGAAGGCCAAAAGCAAAGCUUGUUUCAAGUGCCCUGCCCCAAGCCCCUCGUGGGCAAGUCGUUUGGCGAGUGCUUCCGGAAGCUUUUGAACGUGCAUUUCGUGUGCAUUGGCUGCUGGCACCCCGAAAAGACCAACGAAAGCAACGACGCUGUCACGCCCGCGUACGUCGAGACCAACCCGGAGACCGACACGCGCAUGCGCGAGCUCGACCGACUCUACUUGAUCGGUCGCCCCACCCAAGACAUUCCGCUGUAAUCGCUCGCACAAUAAUUACACGACGCAGGCCGCUAAGGUCAUGGACGGCAUUAUAUAUAUAUAUAUGAGCGUGUUUUGUGUUCUC